UUCAUCCGGCGGCGGAAAGAAGGUUCCACAACCCGGAAGACAACAAGACCACGUUGUUUCCGAAUCAAAACGUGUUGCGAACAGCGGAGUAACGUUACUGAGAGUAGCAGAGAGCAGACCGAGAACAGAUUUACAGCCUUAACUACUCUUAACGUGUGAUCGUCUCUACCCAGUAACGGGAUGGAGGUCCAACCAGAGGAGACGGUCGUGGUACCGGAGGUUCUUCAGAGCUCAGCAGAGACACACGGAGAGGAACUGGAACUUAACAACGGUACCAGCACCGAGCACCGGGAGGACGGAUGCACAGCUGAGACAGAACCUCGGGGGCUGACCUCCGUGACCUCAGACAGCCGUUUACCGGGAGAGUUAACGGGAGGAGCAGAGGAGAUGGAGGUUACGGAGAAUCUCGACUCUGUCUCGAGCUCCGAGCUGGGAGACGGAACCACACACACUAACCUCCUCCAGGACCCCCCUGGACCCCCCAGGACGUCUCCCAGGACCCCUCUCAGAACCUCCACCAGGACCCCUCUCAGGACCACCCCCAGGACCCCUCCCAGGACCACCCCCAGGACCCCUCCCAGGACCACCCCCAGGACGUCUCCCUGGACCCCCCAGGACGACCCCCCAGGAUCUCCCCAGGUACUGCUGACGUUACAGGACGGUGUCCGGGACCAGCGGGACGGCAGCAGCUCCUCCUCAGACAGUGAUUCAGACUCCUCUUCCUCCGGUGUGACUCUGGCUGUUGUGUUAGGUCAGGCAGAUGACGAAGAUGAUGACGAUGAAGGCUUCAGUCGGACGAGGAAACCCUGUUCCAUCAAAACCCUGGACGAGACCCUGCCUGAGGAGUUGCCUGCUGUCGAGGAGUUGACGGUUGUUCUACCAGAGGAGGCGGAGAUACUCCCCCUAGGAUCAGUCACCAGCAUCAUCCAGCAGCUGGUGAUCAUACAGUCAUUUAAGGACACGCCCCCUCUGAAGGACGACAGCGUCAUCUUCAACUCUGAUAGGCUGGCCGUGGGCAAGGUGUUUGAGGUGUUUGGGCCGGUCUCCAGUCCCUUCUAUGUGUUUGGGUCGGUCUCCAGACCCUUCUAUGUGUUGUGA